CAGCUUACUACUAGCUAGCUAGAGAUCAGUUAACAGCUGAUUGUGGACACCAGCUACGUACGUACACAUCCUCGCUCACAGGUUGCAAAAUGGCUUCUCUCUCGAGUAGUCCAUGGCUUCAUCUCCUACUGUUUCUCGUGGCCAUGGGCGGCACGUUCGCGGCCGCCGGUGGCAGCGGGAACCCCACCGCCGGGUUCCAGAAGGUGCAGCUCGCCGACGGCGAUUUCCAGGUGCAGAGCCCGUACAACGUGCCGGAGAGCCAGCGGUUCCAGUACCGCAACGGUGUGCGGACGUUCUGGGUGCACCGAAAUGACAAGCCCUUCAACACCGUCACCCACACCAACCCGCGCUCUGAAGUCAAGCUCCGGGGCCACGACUACUCGUCGGGGGUGUGGCAAUUCGAGGGCUAUGGCUACGUGCCGUCGGGGACCUCCGGCGUGUCGGUGAUGCAGAUCCACAACGAGGAGGGCGCCGCGCACUCGACGGUGUUGAUGUUGCACGUCUACGACGGCGUCCUUCGGUUCUACAGCGGGGCGGCCAUCGAGCCCGACAUCUACGACCGGUGGUUCCGCCUCAACGUGAUGCACGACGUCGGCGCGUCCACGGUGGCCGUGUACGUCGACGGCGAGCGAAAGUUCAGCACCAGCGUGACCCCCAGCGAGUCCUACUACUUCAAGUUUGGGGUGUACAUGCAGCACCAUGACCAAUCCAGCUGCAUGGAGUCACGAUGGACCAACGUCACGCUCUAUACUAAGCACUAGGCGGUAGAUAGCCAUGUGUGUUGGUAAUGCGUACUAGCAUGCCGUAUAUGUUUACACCACCCUAUGUAUUACAUUAUUACCACCAGAAGUUGAAUAAAGGUUGUUGCUUGGAGUAGUACACGCA